AAGUCCUUCAUCCUGCUGAGUGCAGCAUCACACUGACAGACUUCAGCCGAAGAAGUGAGCUGCGUUGCUUUCGUACGGAAGUGACAGUACACUCAGCACCGUAGAAGCAAACAACUCACUGAUUAAGGUUUUGUGCGAACAAGUUGUCUACAUAGACCACAGUUUAUAUUUGUCCUGUGACGUGUUUAUUGUGAGCACACGGAGAAGAGCAUGGGCCGUAAAGUGACCUUAUCAACAUGCUCUUUAAAUCAGUGGGUUCUGGACUUUGAAGGCAACACGGAGAGAAUAUUGAAGAGUAUCGAGGUAGCAAAGGCAUAUGGAGCCAAAUAUCGGCUGGGUCCAGAGCUGGAGAUAUGUGGGUAUGGCUGUGCAGACCACUUCUAUGAGUCAGACACACUGCUUCACAGCUUCCAGGUCCUGAGGACUCUUCUGGAAUCCCCGAUCACCCAGGACAUAAUUUGUGACGUGGGAAUGCCUAUCAUGCAUCAUAAUGUGCGCUACAACUGCCGUGUCCUCUUUCUGAACAGAAAAAUCCUGCUAAUCAGACCUAAGAUGCUGAUGGCCAAUUCUGGCAUCUACAGAGAGAUGCGUUGGUUCUCACCUUGGAGUCGGUUAAGACAGGUGGAAGAGUAUUUCCUGCCUAGAAUGAUCCAGGAAGUAACUGGCCAGGACACCGUCCCAUUUGGGGAUUGUGUGUUGUCCACUAAGGACACCUGUAUUGGCACGGAAAUCUGUGCAGAACUCUGGAAUCCCAACAGCCCUCAUAUUCAGAUGGGGCUGGAUGGUGUUGAAAUUUUUACCAACUCUUCUGCCAGCCACCAUGAGCUCCGUAAAGCGGACCAAAGAGUCAACCUCAUCAAGUCAGCCACCACCAAGAGUGGCGGGAUCUACCUGUAUGCCAAUCAGAGGGGCUGUGAUGGAGACCGGUUGUACUAUGAUGGCUGUGCCAUGGUGGCCAUCAAUGGAGGGAUUGUAGCUCGUGGAGCACAGUUUUCCCUUGAUGAUGUGGAAGUGAUUACAGCCACUCUAGAUCUGGAGGACGUCCGCAGUUACAGAGGAGAACUCUGCCAGCCACAAAUGGAAGGACAACAGAAACCUUGCUAUAGGAUCAAAGUAGAUUUUUCUUUAUCAAGCUCUAAUGAUGUCUACCUCCCCACACACCAGCCAAUACAGUGGAUGUUUCAUACACCAGAGGAAGAGAUCAGUCUAGGGCCAGCCUGUUGGCUGUGGGACUACCUGAGGAGGAGUGGCCAGGGUGGUUUCCUUCUGCCUCUGAGCGGCGGUGUCGACAGCUCCUCCACUGCCUGUAUCGUCCACUCUAUGUGUGUGCUGCUGUGCCAGGCUGUGGAAGACAGCAACAGCCAGGUGCUGAAGGAUGUUCGCAGAGUGGUUGGAGAUGACUCCUACACACCGCAGAACCCAAAGGAGUUGUGUGCUCGCCUCUUUACUACCUGUUACAUGGCCAGUGAAAAUUCCUCUGAGGAUACAUGCAGCAGAGCCAGGGACCUGGCUGGGGAGAUUGGAAGCACACAUGUGAAUAUUAACAUAGAUGUGGCUGUCAAAGGCAUUCUGGGUAUCUUUUCAGUGGUAACUGGACGGUGGCCGCAGUUUUGUGCAAAUGGUGGAAGCAACAGAGAGAACCUGGCUCUGCAAAAUGUGCAGGCCCGGGUCAGGAUGGUCUUGGCCUAUCUUUUUGCCCAGCUGAGCUUGUGGGCCCGCGGUAGGCCUGGAGGACUGUUGGUUUUGGGCUCAGCCAACGUCGAUGAGAGCCUUACAGGAUAUUUCACCAAGUAUGACUGCUCCAGUGCAGACAUAAACCCCAUUGGUGGAAUCAGCAAGAUGGAUUUGAAGAGCUUUCUUGCUUACUGUGCAGAGCAGUUCCAGCUUACCUCUUUGAGAGGCAUCCUGGCCGCUCCCCCCACUGCUGAACUGGAGCCUCUGAAGGAUGGACGGCUGUCCCAGACAGAUGAGUCAGACAUGGGAAUGAUGUAUUCUGAGUUGUCGGUGAUUGGAAGGCUACGGAAGAUCUCAAAGUGUGGACCCUUCAGUAUGUUCUGUAAGCUCAUUCAUCUGUGGAGGGAUGUCCUUUCACCUACUCAGGUGGCCCAGAAGGUGAAGCACUUCUUCAGGAUGUACUCGGUGAACCGCCACAAGAUGACCACAGUUACUCCUUCCUACCAUGCUGAGAGCUACAGUCCUGAUGACAACCGCUUUGACCUUCGACCUUUCCUCUACAACACACAUUGGAACUGGCAGUUCCAGUGUAUUGAUAACCAGAUUUCCCAGAUGACAACAAGCCCAGCUGAUGGGGACCAGGGAAGACUUGAAGAGUAGAAAAACCCCACAGCCCUGUUCUCUCUGUCCAGGGUGUGUUUACAUAUCUUGAGUGGCUCAAAUCCAGAAUACGUUUCCUCCAGCUGUUUCAAAAAUUCAGGAGCUCACCAUGUCUGAACACAUUAAAAAUGUGUUAAACAUUUUAA